GCACUCUCUUUUCUCUACCCCAAGUGGGAGGAGCUCCCGGAGGUUCCAGUCAAGCGGAAAUCGCCAACACCAGAAAGCUUUUCAAAAGUGUCGGGAUCCCGAGGAGUUCUCCAGAAGCAAGAGGAGGAGCUGCCCGGAGAACUUGUGGUUCUGGAAGAGGAAGCAGCAGAGGAAAGUUCCUGAACCCCUUCUAAGUGCCGAGACCGCGCUGAAAACCCAGCGAACAGAGAGGCAUAGGGUCGACAGCCGUGACCCAGAGGAGAGCCUGUUAUUUUGUGUUUUCUAGCGCUAGCCUGCGCCAGGGGUGGGAGAAAAGAGAGACCGGGAAAGGCUCGAAGGCAACCCGGGACUAAAGACAGAGGCUCUUUUCCUAUAGCGGAGGUGAGGGAGCUGUCCCCGGCCUCUGGUGCUGAAAGGUCCUACCGCUGUGGAAGAAUGUUCGAGGAACACUGAACACUCAAGAAACUUCUGUUGGCUUCUGUUGUCCAAGGAGCAAGCGGGAGGUGGUCAAAAGGCUACCCUUUAGCACGUUACGGCCUACAGGUCUGAAUCUGAACUCACAAAUUUGUUCCCAUCUAGAACCCUCAAUUCCAUGUGCAAAAGGUCAAGGGAUGACCAAACUCUACAGCAAGUCCAAAGAAAUGGCCGAGCUCAUAUCAUCUCAACCAUGGAUAGAUGAAGCCCUAAGCUCCCAAGAUGAGAUGAAGGAAGAAGAUAGCAGGCAAGCCUCCUAUGGGAUACUUGCUGGACUUAAUGAAGAGCAUGACAGUAUUGAGGAGGAGGAGGAGGAGGAGGAAGAUGGUGGGAAGCCAAAAAGAAGGGGCCCAAAGAAGAAGAAGAUGACCAAGGCAAGAAUGGAGAGGUUCAGGGCCCGCCGGGUGAAGGCUAAUGCCCGGGAGCGAACACGGAUGCAUGGGCUCAAUGAUGCUCUGGAUAACCUUAGGCAGGUGAUGCCCUGCUACUCCAAGACACAGAAGUUGUCCAAAAUUGAGACACUCAGACUUGCCAGGAACUAUAUAUGGGCUUUGUCAGAGGUCCUGGAAAGUGGGCAGACUCCAGAAGGGAAAGGUUUCGUCGAGAUGCUAUGUAAAGGUUUGUCCCAACCAACCAGCAACUUGGUGGCUGGCUGCCUGCAGCUGGGACCUCAAACCCUGUUCUUGGAGAAACAUGAGGAGAAAAGCCCUGUCUCUGACUCAGCUGUGCCCAGCCACAGUUUUUCUUACCAGUCUCCUGGGCUGCCCAGUCCACCGUACGGAAACAUGGAGGCCCACCUUGUACACCUAAAGCCUCCCACAUUCAAAAGCCUUGUGGAUCCGUCCUUUGGCAACCACCACCAAGACUGCACAUCUCCGGCAUAUGAGGGCCCCUUGACACCUCCCCUGAGCAUCAGCGGAAAUUUCUCCCUAAAGCAAGAUGGUUCUCCAGACCUGGAAAAAUCAUACAGCUUCAUGACCCACUACCCAUCUGUUAGCUUGAGCAGCACUCAUGGGCACAGCUCUCAUUUCUCAACCUCAGUGCCCAGGUAUGAUAUCCCCAUAGAUAUGAGCUAUGACUCCUAUCCUCAUCAUGUGGUUGGGGCCCAGCUCAAUGCAAUAUUCAGUGAAUAACCCAAGAAGAUGAAUCCCCUCAUGGAUUAAAGGAAUAUGAUCCUUUGUAGAGAUGGUGUGACAUCAGUAGAAUUAAUACUGUGAAAAGGAGUUUACUUGCUCUACUAUGAUCAGACUAGUUUCAUGGGCAGUCACACCGCAUUCCUCUGAGCACAAACAUAUUUUAGUUGUGUUGGUUUAUGGGCUUUCAGACAGGUCCCCAUUCCUAAUGUGCAGCUCCAAGUUUCUUCAUGGUUUUUGCAUUUAGGAUGCAGACACAACAUUUACAGUUAACAAUGGAGCUGAUUUGGAGUACCCUCAUUGCAUCCACUACAAACAUCCCCCCCCCUUUCCAGGGUCAAACACUGGAAUGAAAACGGCUCUGCAUGUUUUCAGCAGAAGCUGGCAGUGGGUGGUGCUGAUUAACUAUCACCCAUGACAUCACCAUUACACCACCAUAUUCAGUUCCCAAAGCAGCCUUGCAAAUGCAGUUAAAAAGUUUCUUUUUUAAAAAAAAGGUGGAUUGUUAAUAUAUAAAUUAAUAUGAGUACAUAAAAUAAAAGUUGGAAAGCCCACUCAAUGCAAUGGGGAGAGGCAGGCAGCUGACUGAUUAAGCCAAUGUUAUUUCUGCCAAGCAAACUAGAGUCAGAGUCACACCACAGGCAAAGAAACUGUUGUGUCUUCUCUUUCUUCACAUUUAGAUUUGCCAUUUUGCCCUAAACUGAGUGUUCAGUGCUUCCACACAAAUCUGCAGAACACACUGCCAUGAAACCAGGCACAAAGCUGGUAUAAAAAGUGUGGUGUAGGGCUUAUGCAAAAGCCUGGGAAAUGGGAAGGCAAAGUAUUAUUAUCAUAGUGCAUCUGUCUUCCUGACCUUUCUCUUCCCCUUCCUUUCACCUCUCUAAAUCAAGGAUGGGGAACCCAGGGCCAUCCAGAUGCUAGAGUUCAGUUUCCUUCAGCCUCAGACAGCAUGGCCAGUGGUCAAGGAUGAUAGGAGUUUUAGUCCAGUGAUAUUAGAGGGGCACAGGCUCCCCAUGCUUGCUCUAAAUAAUAGACUGCAGCAGGGGAUAGAGUAGUAUCUACAUGGGACCUUAGGGUGAUGGGGGUGGGUAAUACAAUGAAAUAAAGACAAGUGCAGCAACCCUUUUUGAUUUAUGGCUCCCCCAUAAAAUUCCUAUGAGGAGGGAAAUAUAAAUCUAUGACCGUUGCCCCUGCCCUGGUGCAAAACUUACCACCAGCUCUAACAGAGGUGUGUGAGACACCUAUUCCUUUCCCCCUGCUGCUUUAUGCUUAUUAAACUUAUCACAAUUCUUUAGACUCACCUAGAUCAGCCUUUCAGAUGUUUCACUUCCAAAGGCACCUCCAUUUUGACCUUGAUUUUUGUAGUAAGACAAAAUCAAUGCCAGCCCUAAAGAAAGUGGCGA